AGAUAUAUCUUCAUUGGUAAACAAUGGUGAAAGCAGUAGUUGGGGAAGAGACUAGGCUCACCUCUGCUGAAGAUCGUCUCUCUCGCUCAGCUAUUCCUGCUGAGGUGGGUCUUGUGAUAGGAAAGCUUAGCUCUGGUUUAGAUCGUGGAUUUGUGUUUGAUUUGAUCCCAACGCCUAGCAACGAUGCUGGAGAGCCGGCAUGCUCGGUUCUGGAGACCAGAGAUGACAAAAAGAAGCCAUCUAAGUCGAAAUCUCAGUCAUCUGAGUCGUCUUCUCUAUCGAUUGAUUGUGAUUGGGUAGCAGAACAUGCCAGACAGGUGUCGAGAAUGCUUUUGGGUGGAGUGAAGGUGGUUGGUGUCUAUGUAUGGGCUAGUGACAGUGCUUUUAAGAAUUCAACUAUGAUCCUUUGCCAGGCUAUUAAGGGAGUGUCAGAUGCAAUACGGCAUUUGGAUCCUAGCUUGGAUGAAGCUCUUCUUAUCCACAUAUGCUACAGUCCAAGGAGAUGGAAUUGUCGAACAUGUUUGUUGAACUCAAGUAUUACAUCAAGUAGCCUUCGACCUUGUGACUUUAAGCUGGGAAGGGUAUUAAGUUCUUUGCAAAGGUUUAAGUGCAACUACAGCUUUAAUUUCAGAUUACCUAUUUACUCCAAGGGUGAAUCAACUAGGCAAACGUUUACUGAGAUUCUCCGUCAAGAACUUGAAGUUCAUGCAAAAGAGCUGAAGAGUGCAAAUGCAAUGAUUGAUGGGGACUUGGUGCACAACGAUGAGCCUUGCAACACGGAGGGCGAGCAUGAAAUUGAACUGUUAUUCCCAUUCAUGAAAGAUAGCAGAGCUGAGGCAUUAACUGCAAAGAAUGUUACUGGAAUUCUACAAUUUGGUGGUUCUAUAUACUCUUAUGCCUACUUGAACGCGAAAGAACCAGUUUCACAAGCUGUUACUGAUGUAAAGGCUGACAUUACUAGGAGUCUGCAAAGUAGAUUGGACAUUAUCUGUGACGAGGCUGAGCAGGAGCUCGAUCCAACUGAUGUUGGAGACGAUGAAGAAGUCGAGAUGUCGAAAGUCCCUGUUUCCAAAUCCAUAUUAAACUCAUCUACAGAAUCAUGCCAUCUUCGUCUUCCUAGGAGAGUUUUGGUCCCGUGGUUGGCGGGUACAUACAUAUGUGAUUAUCUACAGCCAUUUGAAUCACUGGAGGUGGUAAAAGAACGUUGCAUGGAGUUAAUGUCUAUGGAACAUUCUUCUCUUGACCCAUCAAGUAUGUCAGAAGUGGAAACCGAGACGUCUUUAUUGGUUGCGGAGUCUAUGUGGGACGUGAUAACCCCCCCUGCGUCUUCUGCUUCCAGCUGCCGUUUGGAAGGGAAUGUUGAAUGCACAAGCCGUGAUGACAGUGGCCAGAGAACGGCCGGUAAUGCAUCAUCCAAUGUCCCGAUCCUGGUAGCGAUUUUUGUGCUUUUACUCUCGGUUGUAUUAGGACUCUUGCUUUACCAGAGGGAUUAGCAAAAGGUUCACAGGUCAUUCGUUUCUCAUCAAACCACAAAAUGAGUUGUGUUUUGUUUCCUUGGGUUGAGUUAUUAGAUAAUGAACUUGCAGUGCGCGACCUUUUCCUUCUUGUUGGAAACUACUAUAACAUAAGCUUUUCAUUCA